UUUAGGGGUGAUUAUUAACUGUUACGCUGGCAAAACAUGUCGACUUGUCAAACAUUGUAGUUGGUCGACAAAGUUCAAGUGAUAAAAUUCAUAAUGAGCCUUUCCGUCGAAAAUAACAAACGCAUUUUUACCUUUCUGAGGCAACAGAAUUGUUGCUUAAAAUGUUGUCUUCGUUUCAUUGGAUGGAAAUCGUGGGAAUGCUUCAAUGAUCCUGUGAAAUUUGUUAAAUCUCUAGGCUAUGUCGAAGGAGAUGCAGCUAUCAUCGAUGAGACACGCUGCAUGGCUUGUCUGGGGAUUCUUCAAGAUGAAAUGUUAGAAUUAGUCGCUCAGAAAAUACAAACUGAAGUAGAAAAACAGAAUUACGACAGUGAUACGUUUCUAUGUGCAUUGACAGUACCUACAUGCGUGAAUCUCAGAGAACGUGCAUUACAUACGCAAUGUGCUAAUGGACUGGAUCUCACGAAAGACACGUUGUUAAGUCUUAAGUUCAAACUACAGACUAUAAAAGAUAUUUGGAAGCUAGUGAUCACUCCCAAAUUAGAACAGGUCAUUAAUAAGCGAAUAGACUUAACUCCCUCUGCUUUUCUCAUUGAAAUUAUUUUGUCAUAUGAUAAUAAUGAUGAAGAAUGCAGAGCUUUAGAAAACUUUUGUGGAGCUUCAUGCAACAAAAAAAGAAAAGGAAAAAGAGAAAACAAUGUCAAUAGAUUUAGUAGAAGAUGUAUAGAGACUUUACUGAGUAGUACAACGGAUGAAAAGUUCAACCAAUUUCUAAUGACAUUUACAUUUGAUACACCUACAGCCAUAUGUGUAAAUAGUGUCACAUGUAUACACUCAAGUAUUUUUGUAGGAGGUCGAUAUACCAAAUUGUCUAGAGAAAUCAGUCAAACACCGUGGCUUAUAAAUGGUGAAAAAAAAAUGGGAACAUCAGUUCAAGAUAUACUAUGUAAACCUAUUGCUGAUGCUGUAACAGCUGAAUCCAUCAAAUUUUUAUCAUCUGGAAGAGAAGACGUAGAUGUAAGAAAUAUAUACACUGGAAGACCAUUUGCAGUCGAACUAAUUAAUCCUCACAUGACAAAAAUAACAGAAGCGUUAUUGUCAGAUCUGGUCCAGAAAAUCAAUCAGUCUUCUAAAGAGGUACAAAUUACAUCGAAUUUGAAAGUUUUAUCCAGGAAGGAUUUAAGGAAAUUGAAGGAAGGAGAAGCUGUUAAAACAAAAAUUUAUCGAGCGCUUUGCGUUUGUCGCGCUAAGCCCGAGGAUAUGUUGCCUCUUGAAAAAUUGAAUGAUUUGAAAAAAGUCAAAAUAAUUCAAAAGACACCGAUUCGAGUGUUACACAGGCGGCCUCUUAGUCCGAGAACACGUUUAAUAUAUGAAAUGAGAGCUCGGUGGGUAAAGCCUCAAGAAAUACAAACACUAUUGACUACUGUGAGCGAAGAUGCCAACAUGUUUUUCGUAUUAGAUAUUAAAACACAAGCGGGCACGUAUGUGAAAGAAUUUGUACACGGAGAUUUCGGUCGAACGAAGCCUAGUUUAUGCGAGAUUCUUAAAACAGAAGUAGAUAUAGUUGCAUUAGAUGUAACAGGCAUCAACCUAAAUUGGCCUUAAAGAUUACUUUAACGUUCCAACUACCAAAAUGAAUGGAAUUUUAAAUAAAUUACAAAAUAAACAA